CUAUCAAUGUUGCAGAUGAUACUAAAUGCAUACAAUUAUGAUGAUUGGGAAAGUAUUUUUGGAGACCCAACGAAGUUUGGACUAGGAUUCUUUUCGGUUGCAUUUGAUAUAUUUUUCAUUAUCCAACAUUACAUAUUAUAUAGGGACCGUAAAGAAUAUGUUGAAAUACCUGGUAGCAGUUACGAAGGAUCGCAAGAAGAAGCAUCGAACAGUGCAAUUGGCGAAUGAACGUAUCUUCGCUUUUACGAACUACACUGACUGCAUUAACCAUUCGCAGAAGUUUUAAUUGUUGGACGGCGGGGAUAACGAAGAAGCAUAGAAAAAUAUAUGAGAACACGUACCCUACCAAUCUUGUUUUUCCAAAUGGUAGUUCCAUUAUUAUAGACCAGGACUCACCAAGGGAAAUAAUUACGCUUCCUAUUCAUUUUGAAGAACUUAGUGCAGAAGAACGUGAAAUGAGGUUACAAAGGCGUAAGCCCAAGUAUAAAGUGGAAAUUGAAGAAUACGAAGAUAUUGACUUUGACGAAACAAAGUAUUAUAGAAAAAAUAUAUAGCAAUGUCUGUCAGGAUCUCAUAGUUGUAUUUAAUUUAUAAACAGGAGCCAUUCAUUUUACAUUGUUAUUAAAAGAUCAUUGUUGUGUUAUGUUUUUGAUAUUGUAUGAACACUGAGAAUAUUUGCAACUUAUCUAUCAAAUCAUUCAUUCAAUCUUCAUAUUCCCUUUCGAUAAUUAGAGCUCUAUUCGUAGAACCUUUGUUCCAUACUAUGUAUUCUAUAUAACAGAGCUGUAUUUAUGCAAGCGUGAGAAGCUAUAAGACAAAUCAAAUAAUUUUAUUUUUAUAUCAUAGUAAUAUACAUAGCUCUAGCAGUUCUAGCUGAUGACAUUUGACCUAAUCCAGACCAGUACAUGUUCUAUAAAUGGAGUUCUAAGAUAAAAGAGUAAUAAAACUCUAUUGCAAUGCUCAGUCUUAUUUAUAUUUCUAAAAUAUGUAGAUGUUUAUAAAAUCUGUUUAAAAAAUUAUUUGUUCUCAAGUUUCUGUUCACUGAAAUUUCGUUUCGUACACAGUAGUAUGAGAAAUAAUUUCAAUUCCCUCAACCGUAUCCGAGGUCAAUAAAAUUACGCUAUACCGAGGGACCAGGUAAAAGAUAUCAAUUACGGGCAGCACUCACGCGUCAUGAUUAUCGAUGGAAAAAGUGAAAGUAAAUGAUUAUAAUUUUCUUUAUGUCGAAGUGUAUGUCCUGUGAGGCAAUUGUUAUUGAUAUAAACGCACGUUUUCACCGUGCCCAUUCCGGUAGAUAGGAUCGAAUGAUGUCAAUAAAAAA